UAAGAAAUAUUUUCCCAGAAAAUCAAACAACGGCAAGAGGUGGGGAGAGAGUCCGAAGCUGCAAUGGGGCAUCAAUGGAAACACAACGGAGAAGAAGAAAAAGAAGAGGGAGUCAUGGCUUCUGACUUUUUCUGGUCUUACACAGACGAGCCUCAUGCCUCCCGCAGAAAACUCAUCCUUUCCAAAUACCCUCAAAUCAGACAUCUUUUUGGCCCUGAUCCCUUUGCUUCUCUCCAGAUUGCUGGGGUUGUAUUCAUUCAAAUAUGGACUGCAGCUUUCCUGAGCAAUGAAUCAUGGUUGAAGAUACUAAUUGUAGCCUACUUCUUUGGCUCUUUUCUCAACAACAAUCUCUUCUUGGCUAUCCAUGAGCUCAGCCACAACUUAGCCUUCUCCACUCCAGUUUACAACCGGUGGCUUGGCAUAUUCGCUAACCUCCCCAUCGGGGUGCCAAUGUCUGUCACCUUCCAAAAGUAUCACCUCGAGCACCAUCGCUAUCAAGGCGUGGAUGGGGUUGACAUGGACAUUCCCAGUAGGGCCGAGGCCUUUCUUGUUAGAAAUGCCUUCACCAAAUCAAUUUGGGUCAUAAUGCAGCUGUUCUUUUACGCUCUUCGCCCUCUGUUUCUCAAACCAAAGCCUCCGGGGCUGUGGGAGUUUGUCAACUUGAUUGUGCAGGCAGGGCUGGAUGUUGGUGUGGUGUAUCUGUGGGGGUGGAAGGCAUUGGGUUAUUUGAUGCUCUCUACAUUUGUUGGAGGUGGGAUGCACCCUAUGGCUGGCCACUUCAUCUCUGAACACUACGUUUUCAACCCGAGUCAAGAGACCUAUUCGUAUUAUGGCCCUUUGAAUCUGAUGACAUGGAACGUGGGGUACCAUAACGAGCACCAUGACUUCCCAAGGAUUCCCGGGAAUAAGCUGCACAAGUUGAAGGAGAUUGCACCCGAGUAUUAUGAUGGCUUGGAUUCGUAUAGGUCUUGGAGUCAGGUGAUCUACAUGUACAUUAUGGAUGGGGCGGUUGGGCCUUUUAGCCGGAUGAAGAGAAGCCUAUCGGUGAAGAGUAACGGCAAAUCUGAAUAGGUUUAGGUUUGAGUUUGAGUGGUUUUUGAAACACUGGUGAUGCUUGAUGGUAAAGUAGAGAUGGCUGUUUCUGUUUUAGCUCUCAUUCUUUGAAUUCUUUUGGAGGAUUAGUGUUUUAGAUGGUGAUGAUGUGGCUUCAUUUUCUGGAAAAGAGAAUUCCCUGUUUA